CAAGAAAUCAUUUCAUAAUUAAUCUAAUCUGUCUUUUUUUAUUUUAGAUAAUAAACAGACAUAUAGGUGCCAAAAAUCUUCCAAAAUCACCAACUCAAACUCAAUCAAUGGCAGAACCAAAAGCUAUGUUACCAGUGGUAAUAGUCCUGGGCCGACCAGCAGUUUUCCAAUUCUACAACUCCCAGUUAUCACAAAAAUUCAAGCUCCUAAAGCCAUGGGAAUCUUCACUCCCAUUAAACCAAUUCAUUUCAACACAUGCUCAAUCUGUACAAGCCAUGAUUUGUUCUCCUAAAGAUAUCCGCAUUUCGUCCUCCUUGCUCCGUCAAUUCCCGUCACUCCGCCUUAUUUUUACAACCAGCACUGGCAUUGACCAUAUUGACCUCGUUGAGUGUCGCCGUUUAGGUAUCUCUGUUGCUAGUGCUGCUACUGUUUUCUCAGAGGAUGUUGCUGAUUUUGCUGUUGGAUUGUUGAUUGAUGUUCUUAGAAAAGUUUCUAGUGCUCAUCGGUUUGUUAAGAAUGGACUUUGGCCUCUUCAGGGAGACUUCCCCCUCGGUUCAAAGGUGGGAGGCAGGAAAGUUGGAAUUGUUGGGCUGGGAAGCAUAGGCCUAAAAGUUGCAAAAAGGCUUGAAGCGUUUGGCUGUUUUAUAUCAUACAUGUCGAGGAAGAAAAAGCCUGUUUCUUACCCUUUCUAUCCUGACGUUCAUGAACUAGCGACCAAAUGUGAUGUCCUUAUCAUUUGUUGUGCAUUGGCAGACGAAACCCGCCACUUGAUCAAUAAGGAGGUUCUACUGACACUCGGAAAAGAAGGAGUAAUCAUUAAUAUUGCUCGGGGAGCCAUAGUCAAUGAGAUGGAGUUGGUACAAUGUUUAGAGCAGGGAGAGAUUGCAGGUGCUGGCUUGGAUGUUUUCGAAAAUGAACCUAAUGUUCCUGAAGAGCUCUUUUCAUUGGACAAUGUUGUGUUGUCACGGCAUAUUGCUUAUUAUACCGAGGAUUCUUUUAGAGAUCUAUAUGAACUCAUUUGUGGGAAUCUGGAAGCUUUGUUCUUGAACAAACCUUUGUUAUCUCCAGUUUUGGAUGACUAAAAGAUAUUAUUUUCAACCUUGAAAUCAAUAUCAUAUUCUGAUUAGCCUUGAUAUUUAUCAGCAUCUCAUCCUGGAUACUCUCUGCCAAAGUGGAAUGCAAGUCUGCCUUUUGUCCUGUUUGAGAACAAUUUCCUUAACCAACAUGUUACCGGAAGCUAGUGGUGCAGGAUUGUCAGAGUUGGAAAGCAUUUUCCAUUACAAAUGCAAAACCACUGUGCUAUAACCAGAGAAGAAGCUAUCUGAUUCUCCACCACAACUCUGCAGAAAGGAAGCUAUUUGUUUUAUGCCAUGUACUUGUAGACGUGCAAAUGAGUGUCGUAUCUUAAAUUGAUAAAUGAGGAGCUUUUUUCUGGGCCUUGGAAUAAGCAAAGUUAGAGUCCAUGAAUGAUUGUCAUGUUUGCCAAUUUCUUUAUUUCAAAACAUGCAUGAUUUAACAAGUUCAGCUCC